UGGCGCACGCACACACACACAUUUACACACAAAAAUACACACUACAGCGGAGCACAUUGUUCGCACUGGACUGUCUGCUACAUCUAUGCAGCUCAGGAAAAUCUCGAAAUAAACGAAAUCUCCUGGAGAGUGACUGUAUCCGGGGAUUCAGAGGUGUGGCGAGAGGUUGAAGAGGAGCGAAGGAAUGACUGAAUAUAAGCUGGUGGUGGUGGGCGCUGGAGGCGUGGGCAAGAGCGCUCUCACCAUCCAACUCAUCCAGAACCACUUUGUGGACGAAUACGACCCCACUAUAGAGGACUCCUACAGGAAGCAGGUGGUGAUCGACGGAGAGACGUGUCUCCUGGACAUCUUGGACACUGCAGGUCAGGAGGAGUACAGCGCCAUGAGGGACCAGUACAUGAGGACAGGAGAGGGCUUCCUCUGUGUGUUUGCCAUCAAUAACACCAAGUCCUUUGAGGACAUUCAUCAGUACAGGGAGCAGAUCAAGCGCGUGAAGGACUCGGACGACGUGCCCAUGGUGUUGGUGGGUAAUAAGUGCGACCUCCCGGCCCGGACGGUGGACACCCGGCAGGCGCAGGAACUCGCUCGCAGCUACGGCAUCCCCUUCAUCGAGACCUCGGCCAAAACACGACAGGGUGUGGAGGACGCGUUUUACACGCUGGUGCGAGAGAUCCGUCAGCACAAGAUGAGGAAGCUGAACCCGCCGGACGAGAGCGGUCAGGACUGCAUGAGCUGCCGCUGCGUCGUGUCGUGACCCAGUUUUGCUCGCUCUGAUCUUCACCUGAUGUUUUCCGUCUUCAGCUGACGGCGCGAGUCGGGAGAAGUUUACCCAUGGUCCCGUGCGGCAGACUGGAGCAGAGAGGAGAGACGCGGCGUCUCACCCGAAAGCCCGCCGUUGGCGAGAGCGUGCGAAACGUCAGCGGCGGGACCUCUCUGGACGUCCACGUCUGCCUGAUGAACACCGCUAAUGACUGACCCCUUCUCCUCUCCGUCUGCUCACGCUGGGCGGCUCCCUGGAGUUCUGAUAAAUUAUUGUUCUUGAAGUCUCAACACUGGACUCGGCGCGUCACGUGACCUCAGCGCACACACACACACACACACACACACCUUCGACGGACAGACCGGACACCGGUGACCUCAUCCCACGACCCCCUCCCGGCCGCAGGAAAGCAUAUACACACACGUGUUCACGUCCGUCGCGAAGAGCCGAGACUUUCUUCGUUUUUUUUUUUUUUUGUUGUUGUUGUUGCUUGACGUGCAGGUUGUUUUUAACGUAACGUUUGUGGAGAUCGACGGUUCUGUCGCGAAAUGGGCCGACUGAAUUUUGCUAAAUAAAAAAACUCUCGAGUUUGAUUUUAAAGUUC